AUGGCGUGCCCUAAAAUCAACCAAAUGAGUGAUGAAAGCCACUUUUCCACAACUUUGCACGAGUAUCCCGAACUAGAAGCCUAUACAAGCCACUUUCAAGUGCAUCUCAAAAAUUCAGAGGUUUAUACGACUACGCGUCAUCUCAAGGAUUCGAUCGUUGUGUUCAAAAAGAAGAUCUUGUCUCCUCAAGCGCUUCAGCAGAACACUAAUAUAUACAACCAUGAUCUCUCUAACAUCGAACUAGAUGCUCAAGAUGAGAGGAAGGCCCGGUCCAGCUGUCUUCGCUGCAGAAAGUUCAAGAAAAAGUGUACACGCGAUCUACCCGAGUGUUUGAAUUGCAUCUCUUGUGAUGAGCUAUGUAUCUAUAUUACUCGCAAGAGAAAGGGAAGCGACUGUUCAAACCCAGACUCCCAUAAAAGGGCAAAAUCAUCGCCGGCCACCUCUAGAAAAAGCAGCUUGGACUCUGCAACAAGUUCAAUAAGUCCAGAUAGCGCCUUUGAUCUGGUGCGCCGGUUUUCAGUGCCCGCAAAGCUUCCAGCUGCGCCGGAAUCCAACGAAGACACAAACAACUACUGUCACUAUCUGAACAAAACGGUUAGUGACGUCUAUCGUCUUCUAAACUAG